AUGGGGAACAGUGCAACCUGUUGCAGGGCCUGUAAUUCCAGCAUCAAGGUGGGCCAGCCCAAGGGUCCAGUGGAGCCACAUUGCCAAUCUGAGAUCUGUGGGGCAGUAACUGGAGAUGUGGUGGAGGAAGCACUUGCUUCCCAAAAAACUGAGGAGUUUUUCGUGGAAACCAGGAAUGAUUACCACCUGCACCACAUCAGUGACUGGGCACUGCCCCAAGAUGUAGCUUUGGAAUCAAACCCUUCUGACCAUCCAAGGGCAAGAACAAUGUUCCUGAGCAAAUCUCAAACAUACGUGCAUGAUAAGAGGAAGAAGAAGUAUUCCAACCAGUGUAACCUUAGCAAUAUAUUACCACAUAAAGUACAGCGAGAGAAGUUUCCAUGGGAAUAUUUUGAGCAUGAUCCUGAACAGAAAUGUAUUUAUAGAUUUGUUUCUUCUAUUUUUAAUGCUGCAUGGUUACCAGCUGAAUGUGCAAUAGUAACUUUGAUUUACUUAGAAAGGCUUUUAUCUUAUGCUGAAAUGGACAUCUGUCCUACUAACUGGAGAAGGAUUGUCUUGGGAGCCAUUCUUCUUGCCUGCAAGGCUUGGCACGAUGAAGCUAUAUGGAAUAUUGACUUCUGCCAAAUCCUCAAGGACAUUACACUUGAGGACAUGAAUGAGUUGGAAAGGUAUUACUUGGACCUGCUUGAGUUUAAUGUUAAUGUAUCUCCGAGUGUUUAUGCCAAAUACUACUUUGACCUUCGCUCUUUAGCAGAUGACAGCGAUGUGUGUUUUUUGUUUGCACCUCUCACCAAAGAAAGAGCACAGAACCUGGAGGCCAUGUCAAGAUUAUGUGAAGAUGCAGACUUGUGUGGAGCGGCCAUGAGAAGAUUUUCCAGUGAUGGCAAUUUCGCUGGCAUUCAGCUGUCUAAUGCUAUCCUCUCAUAAAAGGAAUAAAGGGGGCUGUGACAUCAUGAAUCCCUCAUUUACAAAAGCUGGAAAAAUAGCUUCUCUUGUUAAAAAAUACCCUACAAAGUAAACAUUUCCCAAAAUAUAAGACUUUGAAUUCAACAGACUCCUGGAGAGUGAUAUUUGCACUCCAUAGGAAAGAAGAAGACAUUGUCAAUAAUGAAACACUUUCUAUUCUCUUUAAUGUAAACAGAUUGUA